CGCGAGUCCCGCAUUGUUUGGCUCAGCUCCGCUGUGCGUGGACGUGAAACCCCACCCAAUGAGGAAGAACCCUCACCCCGCGAGCAGCAGCAGCAGCAGACCCGCACCGAGCUCGAGCCGCACCAUGAUCGCGCUGUUCAACAAGCUGCUGGACUGGUUCAAGGCGCUCUUCUGGAAGGAGGAGAUGGAGCUGACACUCGUCGGCCUGCAGUACUCGGGGAAAACCACCUUCGUCAACGUGAUCGCGUCGGGUCAGUUCAGCGAGGACAUGAUUCCUACGGUUGGUUUCAACAUGCGUAAGAUCACCAAGGGAAACGUCACCAUCAAGUUGUGGGACAUCGGCGGUCAGCCGCGCUUCAGGAGCAUGUGGGAGCGAUACUGCCGCGGCGUCAGCGCUAUCGUGUACAUGGUUGAUGGGGCCGAUCCGGAGAAGAUUGAGGCGUCCAAGAACGAGCUGCACAACCUGUUAGACAAACCCCAGCUGCAGGGAAUCCCAGUUCUGGUUUUGGGCAAUAAGCGAGAUCUUCCCGGAGCUCUGGAUGAGAAGGAGCUAAUCGAGAGAAUGAACCUGUCGGCCAUCCAGGACAGAGAGAUCUGCUGUUACUCCAUCUCUUGCAAGGAGCAGGACAACAUCGACAUCACACUACAGUGGCUGAUCCAGCACUCGAGGACCCGGCGGAGCUGAGGAGGCGGAGCCAGCGUCUGAUUGGAGGAACCGCAUCAUGUGAUCAACUGCAUUUUAGACGCUUUUGAUUUCGUUCUAAACAAACAAGCAUCCGCCCCUCCCUGUGUUCUUAUAAACUAAUCCACAUCAUUUACAUCGUUUGAACGUUGAUUUUUACUUUCACUUGAAUGUGCUUUUUUUUAUACGGUUCGUCAUGAACAAGUCACGUGACGUGCUUCGGUCGCGCGUGUCGUUCUGCGUGUUUGCUCGGAGCCGUGAUCGAACCUCGACUCGACGCCCACAGUAUCUGUCCGAACCAGCGCUCGAUGGUCGUGUGACUUUGGGCGUUCGCGCUGCCAUCUUGUUUUAACGUUCCAACGUUGUGAGAACAUUCCACAUGCUCUCUGAUCGUUCACUGGGAGAAUUCGUUGAUGUACACUAUUGUUUUGCGGAUUUGUUUUUUUUUGUAUUAUUAGCCUGUUAGCUGGACCUAGUGCUGGUGUCGUUUCUACGAACGUGACAUCAUCUUGUGUGCAUCAGGGUCCCUUGGUUUGCGUUAUUACUGUAGCAUUACCACAUCUUUUUAUCUGAAAGCACAUGAAUCAUUUUGAAGAGUUAAACAUGUCCAAAUGAAGGUUUUGUACGUUUCUUUUGAGUCGCCGUGUCUACAGCGUUGUAUCGUUGAAGUGGGUGGGUUGUAAUGGCAACGGUUCCAAUCGCGUAUUUUUUUUUUUCUUUUUUCUUUUAGGAAUGUCAGUCUGCGAGUGCGUGCAGAGCAACAUCAGUGUUUUAUUUGAUGCUUAACGGGACACAAUGACAAAUGUUGAUCUGUCUCUGUUGGACCUGCAGAUCGUCGGGCUACUUAAAACAGCGGAGAUUCGGCAAAUGUUGCAUGAUUCUCCUGCUUAAGUCCAGUGUUGUUUCUGAACACUGUUGGGAGAGAUGAAAAUCUUGUUAUUUUUUUGUUUUUUUUAUUAUUGUGAUUAUUUUUUUUUCAUAUGUUUUGUGUUUCAUUUUUGUCACACGUGGAUGUUUUUGGCCUAAAUCAUAACGGUUUAUAAACGCAUUGGUAGAUUAUACAUAUGUAAAUUGACACAUUUCAGUUGUUUUUGGCAUGUCUUUUCACAGUGUUUUUCAACUGGAUUAUGUAAAUAGCAACUUAAACCAAAUGAGAUCUCCCUCCUAAGCGUUACGGUGUUUGUCUUAGUGUGAUUAGCGUCCUAUGAUAAUAAUAAUAAUGAUAAUAAUAAUAAUAAAGAAGACCCCGCUCAUAUCACAGCAAUCUGAAUGAAUGGAUUGUGUGUGUGUGUGUGUGUGUGUGUGUGUGUGUGCGUGCGAAAGUGAGUGAUGGUGUUUGUAUGCACAGAUACCUUGGUAAGACGACUAGAACAAUAUUUACGAUAUAAAUGCCUAAGGUUUACUUUUACGCAACUGUUAAUCACUUUAUAUUCAUCCUGUUCAUUCACUAAUGUUUGAUUGUCAUGAGAUCAUAGUCUACACAAGAGUGAACGACGCAAUGCGACAAACUGGUGGUAAUCAACACUGCUGCACUGGUUAAGAAGACAUGAUACAGUCAACAAUUGAUGUUACAAAGUUUGUGUUACGACACUGGUUACAAUGGUAACCAUAGCUACAAAAGAUGUUUUUGCUACAAUACAACUGUCGUUGGAAAGUGACGCAAACAGCUGUGUUGACAAUAGCAGUUAUUUACGAAGUUGACUUUCAGUUAUGUAACAAUGUUGUGAACUUGCAACAUAGACAGACUUAGUAUAAUGACGCAGAGUGUAACAAAGUUGAUUUCUGACUAAGUCAUUUGCGAAGUCAACCUAAUUUACAUUCAUGAUUCACGGCAAAGUGAAUCAUCAAAAAAAAUAUAUAUAUUUGUGUAAGAUCAAGCUUGUAAAUGCCUUGUUGAAGUUGAAGAUUUAGUCAGUCUGUCAGUCUGUCAGUCUGAUGAAGUUGAAUUUGUUGGUAUUAACACCAUUUACAAAGUCAUACUUAUGUUCGUAAUUGACUUUGUUAGCAGUUGAAUUACACAACUUUAUUAUGUGACUUUGUUAGGUUCGGUAAUGGCUUUGUCAAAGUCAGCUUCGUUACCCUCACAUAUUAAGGUCAUUCUAGUAGCGUACAACUUAGUUGUUUAACAUCGAGUUUGAUAAAUUAUUUGAAAAAGUCAUUAAGAAGUCAAUCUAAUCAAGGCAACUUUGUUGAUUAUAAUGACAUUAUUUUAAGAAGUUAUACCAGAUGAGUAAUUUUCAUAAUAAACUUUGUUGGCAAACUGUUAUGUGACUUUGUAAGGAUCAUAAAUUACUCUUAUGAAGUCAUCUUCAGCUUUUUUAAUGAAUUGUACAGUGUGGAGAACUUUAUUGAUUGUCGAUCUAAUUGACACUUUGUCGUGUUGCGUUGAUUUAACGCUGAUCGCAGAACGUCUUUGUUUCUGCUGCUCGUUGAAGCUCAUGUUUACUCCUGUCGUCAGUUCAUCAUGGACAAGAGCUCAUCCGCGCUCUUAUCGGUUUCUGUAUGUGUGUUGAUUUAAUUAUUUUUUGUCUAAUUACAUGUGGCCAUAAUGUUUGUUUUGAUGUUUUAAUGGUUAGUAGCAGUGUCGCGCCCUUAUGUUUGUUGGGGAGUCAUGUGAUCCUCCCCCCCUGCAUGACUUCAUUAUGGGAUUGAGCUGGUUGCCAUAGUUACUGUAUAAUCAGCGUGUGAUAGGACCGAGCUCGAUGAUGCCCCCCCCCCCCCACACCCCUUUAUAUGGACUAUAUAAAGUAAGUUUUUAAAGCAGUCACAUAACAGGCGUUCCUGUACCAGACUCCAUCAGUUGAGAUGUUCACUUGGGAUCUUUCUAUUCUCUCGUACUCGCGGUGAUAACUGUACAUGUUGUUCUUGUUAUUUACAGAUUAUUUAAAAAUGAAAUUAAAUGAUUCCCCUCUCAGAA